UUCAGGGAAAGGACUGUGUAUGUAUGUGUGUGUAAUCAUAAGAAUGAAUGCAGGUUGGUGUGUGUGGUUGUUCCUGUUGUUACAUUUGGAUUCUGCUGAUACUAUGGGAAUUUAAACCAGGAAAUAAGAAGCUCAAUGGAGGAUUCAGGAAAGUAUUGAAUAUCACUUCAGUUGGAUUCUCAGCUAGUAUUAAAGUAAUUGUGGAUUCUUUUACAUGCUUGUAUGGUCCUGUAUUGUAACUCAUUCGGGAGGAACACUCCUCAGCUUUCGCAUGGCUCUUAUAACUCAAUUGUUCUGGCUUCAGUUUUCUGGAAACAUCUGUGAAGUAAUGACACCAAAGUGAGUGCAAGCAUACUAGAAAUGGAUGUUCUGGUGAACCAUUACAAGUACAAGAAGUAUAUUUGAAGAUAUGCUGUUAAAGAAAUGAUAUUAAGAGAAGGAUGCAAAAGUCAGACUUCACUUUCUUAAUGAACUAAUUAUUUUUGCUGCACCAGAAUAAAAAUCGUUUGUUUUUCAAAUUUUAAAAGCUUGUUUAUGAACAAACCUCUCAUCCAAAGUGCCUCAGACACAGCUAAAAACAUGGAAAAAGACCCUGCUGCUUCAUUUUUUAACAAAUUGUUCACUCAAAAAGAAAAAACAGAUCCUCAGAUCCUAACUGAAGACACACCCGUUCUUGCAUUUUUCCGUUCUCUUUCUGAGAAAGGCACUGCAUUUGGAACCAGCAGUGUCCAAGAGCCUCAAAAUGAUGGAAGUCAGAAUGAUCCAGGCAAAGCAAUUUUGAAAACUUUGAACCAAACUACAACUAAAUCUGAGACUGAGGAUUCAGAGGAGACAGUGGAUAGAUUGACAAAGACAGGUAAACCAGGGGAGCAGGACAGCACCCAUAACAGUUCAGGACAGAGAUCAUCUCUCGAUCUGUGGGAGGAUAACAAUGUUAAAACUGAGGUAAAUGUUGCCACAGACCAGGUGGAUGUAAAAACUAAUGAAACAUCAACAUCUCAUGCAGAAAGGGAGCGUUCAGAUAUGGACCUCCAAGUCAAAGUUCAUCAGGAGAAUUCCUGCAAAGACCCAGCGUCAGAUUCCAAGGCUGACCAAGAGGUAGCAGAUGGUCAAGCCAGGGCAGUGUCCAGAACACUUAGCCAAGAGUCAUCAAAUGGGGGCCUGAGCAAUUCAGUGCUGGCAAACAACCAAAGCAGUAUGAAUUUCUCAUACAAAGCCAGUAUAGAUGGCAAUGAGGAACGUAGCAAUGAAACAUUGAGCAACCACAUAGACAGUCAAACGUCUGAAGACAGUUCUUUAGUUCUUGGAUUACUUGAGUCAACUAAUGUCUCCAGUGUAGCGUUAAUUUCUCCUGAGCAAGAUGAUGGUAAAUACCAAGAGACUAUACAUGAGUGCCAACAUGAACAUGGCAAAAGUCUAGAAGCAUCGAGUAUUAAUAAAAAUGAAUGUAAACUUGACAAUCCAGGGUACUCUACUGAAGAGCAUUGCAAGAAUUCAUCUACGAGCAGCAAAAAUGAGCUUCAAAGAGGCACUACUGAUCAGGCCAUGUCUACUAUUGACAGUAAUCUGGUUAUACUUAAUGAAAAUCUUGCCAUCAGUGAGGCAUCCAGAGGAUUGAAUAAUCACAAGUUGUCUACUAACAAACUGGGUCAAAACACAUUAACAGACACCCCUAAUGUCCUAGAUGGUGAAGACUUUCACAUCAUUGAUCCACCUUCUCUGACUACAAGCCCACCAGCCAACGACAGGACUGUCGUUAUCACCUGCAGCCGUGUUGAUGUUGAGGACCUCAAUAAACACACUGAACAUGGCGAUAUAGGCAGUAGUGUCCAACCAACACUGUUGCAGCCAACCAAUGUGGGUACACUUAAUGUUCAACCAGCUUUGGAGCAAAUAAAUCAGGAACCCAACAAUUCCACUCAGUACAGUUCUGUGGAACUCACCACCACUCAGGAUAUUGAUGAUCUUUCCGAACACCAGGUGUUACUCAAAUUAGUUCCAGCAGAUCCAGACAGUCGAAAGGAAACACACAAGGACAUGGAAAUGAAAGAAGAUGUACAAGAGGCAGGAAAGCCAGAAAUGAAAGAGAAAGAAGAGGGAAAGAUGAAAGAUAAAGAGAAUAACCUGGCACAAACAGAGACAUUGGUAGAAUCUGUAGAUGUACCUUUUGCUCCUGGAAAUCCCCAACAUCAACCUACCACUGAAAAUGCUUCUGCCCCCACUCCAGAUACCCCAAGCUUCUCCUUAGGUCCAGAGCUUGACAAACCUCACCAGUUGCCCUCCCUCUUUACUGAACUUAGAGGGCUAAAGAAAGAAACAGAUGAGCAGCAGAAAGUCGAAGUAACUCCAAAGCAACCCAAAUUUCCGGGUCUGAUGAAACGAAGAUCUGUUAAACGAGGACUUUUCUCUGACCAGCGUUCCAAAAGAGAAGCGAAGAGCAGCUUCCUUGAGCAGCUCUCUCAGCUCCUAAGCUUUGAUGCCAGCAAAUUGGAAAUCAAAAGAGAACAGAAAUCUCCAACAAGUCCUCCACUGUCUCCCAUUCCCCAGAAUUCAGCACCAGAUGUAUGUACUACAGAUGGAACUGUAGAAGCACCUGAUGUUGCUUCAUCAGAGGAAAACAGUAAAUCCCCCACUACAGAAACAGCCCUUGAUGCUUUCAAGGCAUUCUUUGCCCCCAAACCACCCAGGAGGGACAGGACUAACAUGGACACAACUAAGAAGACCCUAAACACAGAGGCUAUCCGGGCCAUCUUUGAUAGAAGCUCUAGCAAAUCUCCAGACAGAAACAUCACUGAUUCCAAAUCAUCUGAAAGUGAGGAGAGGACCCCAGGGCGGCUCCAGGCCAUCUGGCCCCCACCAAAGCCCAAAGACGAGGAAGAGAAGAUAGGAUUAAAAUACACGGAGGCUGAGCAUCAGGCAGCUCUUCUGCAACUGAAAAGGGAGUGCAAGGAAGAGGUGGAAUCAUUAGAGGCCGACUUUAAGCUCCAGGUGUUCCGCUUGCGAGAGGACCACACUGAGUCUGUGUCCAAACUGCAGGGGUUUAUUGCAGAACUGAAGGAACAGUACAAGCAUUCCCACCGUGACCUUCGAGACGUGGCUGUGUCCACAGAAGACAACGCCACACCCCGCUCCUUCCGCACUGUGUGCAUUCAGACAGACAGAGAAACCUUUAUUAAGCCUGUGGAGGAUGCAGAGUCAAAUAGUGCCCUUAGCCCUCAACCAACUGUCCCUAAAAAACUUGAUAUCGCCUACAUUAAUCUCAGCCUUUCUGGAAAAAAGCCUGUGGACAAGCAGGAGCAGCCACCUCUUCUAGACCAGCCUCCACCACCCCCACUACCACCACCACCUGUCCCUGAUCAGUCAGAACCUGCUAGCAACAUAGCCCCACCCCCUCCCCCAUCAUUACCUGGCACAAAUUACACUAAUGGGCCACCCCCUCCACCACCACCUGUCCCUGAUCAGUCAGAACCUGCUAGCAACAUAGCCCCACCCCCUCCCCCAUCAUUACCUGGCACAAAUUACACUAAUGGGCCACCCCCUCCACCACCACCUGUCCCUGAUCAGUCAGAACCUGCUAGCAACAUAGCCCCGCCCACUUUCCCAUCAUUACCUGGCACUAAUGACAUUAAUGGGCCGCCCCCUCCACCACCACCUCCACCUAUAACCGGAUCUGGUCUUCCUCCUCCUCCACCUGCACCAAGCUCCUCCCUCUUACCUCCAACCGGUUCUGGGUGGUUUUCAUCCAGAGCUGAGGGGUGGACGCAGCGAAAGCAGAGAGUGGAGCCAGUUUGCCCAAUGAAGCCACUCUACUGGACUCGCAUUCAGAUCCAAAACAACAGAAAUGAUACGUUGUGGAGCUCACUGAAGGAGCCAGCCAUAAUAAACACAAACGAGUUCGCAGAGCUGUUCGCUAAAAUGUCCACACCCGCCAAAAGGAAACCCCUCUCUGAGGCCUAUGAGAAGAAAGUCAAAGCAAAAAAGAUCAUUAAGGUAUUGGAUGGCAAGCGCUCACAAGCAGUGGGCAUUCUAAUCUCAAGCCUCCAUUUGGAUAUGAAGGACAUACAGCAGGCUGUUUUGAUGCUGGACAACUCUGUGGUCGACCUGGACGCUAUUGAAGCCCUGUAUGAAAAUAGAGCUCAGCCUGAAGAACUGGAAAGAAUAAGAAAACACUAUGAAACCUCAGAUGAAGAGCACAUCAAAAUGUUGGACAAGCCUGAACAGUUCUUGUAUGAACUCUCCCAGAUUCCUGAGUUUUCCUUAAGAGCCCACAGUAUCAUUCUCCAAUCAACAUUUGCUGAUACCAUCGCCUCAAUCAAGCGUAAAACAGAAAUAGUCCUCCGUGUAUGCCAGGAGCUGCUGGGGGACAGUGUGAGGGAGGUGCUGGGACUGGUGCUUGCCCUGGGGAACUACAUGAAUGGGGGCAGCAGAACCCGAGGCCAGGCAGACGGCUUCGAUCUAGAUAUUCUUCCCAAGCUGAAAGAUGUUAAAAGCAAGGAUAAUCGCAUUAGUUUGUUGGAUUAUGUGGUGUCCUAUUAUCUACACAACCAUGAUGAGAAUGCUGGGACAGAAGACUGUAUCUGUCCAUUGCCUGAGCCUCAAGAUGUCUUCCUUGCUGCCCAAGUGAAGUUCGAAGACCUCAACAGGGAGCUCCGAAAGCUGGGGAGAGACCUGGCGGUUUGCGAGAAGGAUGUCCAAACGGUGUGUUCCAAAUCAUCUCAAGAGUACAUCCAUCCCUUCAAGGAGAAAAUGGAGGCUUUUAUAGCCAAAGCUCAAAAUGAACAAAUAACCACAGAUCACCAUCUGCUUUUAUCACUGAAAAGCUUCCGUGACCUGGUGUCAUACUUUGGGCUAAAGCCACGUUCUGGAGAACAGGAUGUCCUGCCCGGCCAUGUUUUUAUGCUCUGGUAUGAGUUCUGUAAUGACUUCAAAACCAGAUGGAAGAGAGAGAACAAGGCUAUCUCGAAGGAAAGACUGAAAGAAGCCCAGCAAUCAGUGCGUAACAUCACAGCUGAGAAGAAAGUGGAGACCAGAAGGGUCCAUGCAAACGGCCUGAAGGAAAGACUGCGUCUGAAAGAAGCAAGUCUGUCCAGCACCUGAGACACUACCACCACUCUUCACACUGAUUAAAGGUUUACUGUACUUUUGAAAUUAGAACAGGGCCGCUUUUACUGAGGGUGCUUUAGGUUCUUCCAGUUACAGAAGCCCAUUAUCUAAUUUAUUUAUUCUCACCAUAUAAUGCUAACCCAGCUUCAGCAGAGCAAGGACCUUUUUAUUGAUGCCCAAGCUUCAAGCUUUAACUUCUCUUAUAUAUGUACUGGUAUAUGUAAAGAAAAACACUUGAUGUCGUCAUCAUCAUGAGGGUCCCUUUAGCCAGAUGCUUCCAGCAUCCUCAGUUGAUUUGAUCUUGAGAGUCAACACAGUUGUCAAAACAAUUGGUAUAUUUAUUUUAUAAGAUCAAUAUGUUUUAUACAAGUCACAACAAAAUGGUAAAAAUCAAGAUAUGAUAUACAUAGUAAACAAAUCAAUGUACAAUUUCAUGACAUAAGUCCAUUUACAUUUAAGGGAUUUUUGUUAAGGAAUAAUACUCAGUUUGCUCAGUUUGUACUCUUUUUUUACUUAAUAAACAAGAUUGAAGGCAAUAAAUAUAUAUAUAUAUAUAUAUCUAUAUCAAAGAUUGAAAUAUGUUUGAUUUUUCAUAAUCAUUAAAAAUACAUUAUGUACAUAAAUUAAUGUUUUGUAAAAAAAAAAAAAAAAAAGCACUGUCACACAAAGCUGAAUUGCAGCAUGUAGCACACAUUACUUCCACAUAGUGGAGACUGAUAUGCUUUUUCACUGACUAGCUUACAUGAUUUUUACAUGUAAUUGACAUUAGCUGAACACUCCAAUUACAGGAACAGGCAAAAGCAGCAGAGACUAGUUAAAAGCUUGCAUUUGGUUUCGG